AUGACUGUUACCCCAACUUCAAGAUCCAUCACAAAGGCCAUCCUCUCCAAGGAGCAAGCCGAGGGUGCUGGUGCCCGUGUCCGCCGAUCCAUCGGUCGCCCUGAGCUCCGAAACCACGACCCCUUCCUCAUGCUCGACGAGUUCAACGUCGACAAGAACGGCGGCUUCCCCGAUCACCCCCACCGCGGCUUCGAGACCGUCACCUACAUGCUCGAGGGUCAGUUCCAGCACGAGGACUUUGCUGGACACAAGGGAACCAUCGGGCCUGGUGACCUCCAGUGGAUGACCGCCGGCCGUGGCAUUGUUCACUCCGAGAUGCCCGUCAAGUCCCAGACCCGUGCCCACGGUCUCCAGCUCUGGAUCAACCUGCCCAGGGAACAUAAGAUGUGCGAGCCUCAGUACCAAGAACUCCUCGACGGCCAGAUCCCCAGAGCCAACCCUGCGGAGGGUGUCGUCGUCAAGGUCAUUGCUGGCGAGUCGCACGGCGUCAAGUCCCAGGUCUACACUCGGACACCCACCAUGUACCUCGACUUCAAGGUUGCCAAGAACAAGACCGUCAUCCAGACUAUUCCCAAGACCUUCACCGGAUUCAUCUACAUGCUCAAGGGCACGGCCUUUAUCGGCGACAAGGAGUUUGAGGGCAAGGCGCACCACACGCUGACCUUCUCUGAGGACGGUGCCGAGACGGUCAAGAUCACGACCAAGGACGAGGAUGCGCACUUUGUGUUCAUUGCUGGUGAGCCCCUGAAGGAGCCUAUUGUGCAGCAUGGCCCCUUUGUGAUGAAUACGACCGAGGAUAUCUACAGGACCUUUAUCGACUACCAGUCCAACCAGAACGGUUUCGAGCGCGCCAAGAACUGGAGGUCGACUAUUGCCGGUUAA